UACUCGUACUAAGUGUUCAAACCAAAUAAAUAGAUACAUGACAUUUAUAUCACUUAACCAUAGUUAAUUAUAUUUUAUUAUUUAACUAAAUCACUUAAUCAUGAUACAUUAAAUUGAUUUGAUGCAAACACUAGAGAUAAAUAUUGGACCUCAUCAGCUGUGUAGGGAGCGAGAGAAGAAUAAUAAUGCACUUUAUAGUCGAAUAAAUCGCAUGGCAUAUAGCAGCUGCCGCAUAUUACGGUCAAUAAAGUGAGCGUCACUUUAAUGAAAAUAACUUUAUUCUGGAUAUCAUGACUGUAUAAAUACGCUACUUGUAUCCCAUUAGUAAAAUAGAAUCACUCUUCUUCUAUUGGUUUGAAACAUAUCUUUCUCAAUAACAUGAAUGAGCUUCCAAAGUACGCUUAUCCUUACCCUGCUCAAGGAUAUUAUCAAGGUCCACCAGUGAUGCCUCCCCCCCAAUACUACACAGCACCUCCCCCUAGAAGGGACCCUGGCUUUCUUGAGGUCUGGCAGCUCUGUGUUGCUGUUGCCUCAUCGAUGAGUGUUGCUGCGACCCUUCCAUCAUCUUCAUGUGCUGAUCUUCCAUUGCUACUCUGCCUGCAGUAGAGUUCAAAGUGUACAAUUUGUGCACUUUUCUAACAGAUCUAUAUAUAUUUAUGUAGUUAUCUUCAUUUAAUUUGUGAGGCCAUGCAUCAAAUGU